CGAUGUGGUUCGGACGAGAAAAUGAUGAGAAUGUGGUUCGGACUAGAGAUUGAUGUGGUUGACCUUCCUCCCCUCUGUGUGGAAUCUGAGGAUUUCACUAUAAACAUUUAAUGUUCAGGAUUUCUGAAAAUCUGGAGAAAAAUGCUGAGUCCAUGUGAUGUGUGUGAAGAAGUUGAAGCGGAGAAAGAUGAAAAUGAAGCGACACAUGAAAAUUCAAACUUUCUCAUAUAUUUCUAAAAACUUUCAUUCCUUCGCUUCAUGUUAAGAGAAAUCUUUGCUCAGUUUAAGAAUUUUGAUAUUAUGAUUUUUUCCUUACCAAGCCAUGAGAAUAUAAAUCAUGAGCUUUUUUAUACAAAUUCUUUAUCAUUUUGAGAAUUGUACGGAAAUAAGAAAAUUGCCUGAAAAAUUAUAUAUCGUCUGUUUCAGACGAAGAAUGGGUUGAAUGAAUCCAUUAGUCCCAAAGUCUCCAGGUCUCAGUUUUAUACACAUUUUUUAAAAGUAACUUUUAUCUUUUAAGUUAAAAAAGCAGAAAAAGAUUUUCUUUUUACUUUCCAAUCCCCCAAAGAAUCAAAUUAUUUAAUAGAGCUUACAUCUCGAAUAAUCUUUAAGAGAAUUUUUACUUGUUUCUCAGUUUUUAAUUUACGUUUGUAUAUCACACUUUUUUUAAUCACCCUGUGUAAAAUAGAUGUUUUCGACAUAAUUAAGUAUUCUUGUAAAUACUGAUUUUAUUUCAUAAUUUCUAGUACUGGCCACACAUCUUCAACCUUCUUGCAGUUCCUUCUUGUUAUAUCUGCUUUUCAGCUUUCUUUUAUUCCUGGAUUUUUGAUUGUACUAUAUAAUAUAUAAAUAAUUUGAUUACGAUAAUUGACCCCCUUUUGUAAAUAUUUUGUAACAAGGUUUUUAGAGACAAUGGCCGCAAACUUGAAGGAAGAAAUAAAGAAUAAAGAUGGAGAAUAUUGAGAUUAAAGAAGAGAUUCAGGAAGAAAUCCUUCCCUCCUCUACUGUAGAGGAUACAUGUACAGUUUUAUAAAAGAAGAAGAUGUAAAGAACGAUUUUCUAGACGUGGUAAAAACGUGUUGUGGCAAGCUGGAAGAAGAAGGACACCUGGGAAUGAAAGGAACUGAGACAAAGCAAGCUCUGGAGUUCUAUGUGAAAAUCUCGGGAAAUAUUUACAAUUAGCCUGGAAUGAACCCCAUCCUGUCCCAUUGUACAGCUUUUGACAACCAAGGACAAGUUUGAAGUGGUCAAAUACAUGAAAACAUCGAACUUCUUCAAGGCACUUAUGCCCAGCAAGUACAUUUACAACUGUGUUGUAAAUGAUAUGGGAGUUAAGCUUAUUUUGAACAAAGAAGAGAUGAACAAUUUAGAACUGAUAAGAGCUCUGAUGCUAAAAUGUGACGGUACAACAUUCAUGCAAGCUAUUUUGAACUAACCUAACCCUGCAAACAUUUAGUUUCCAACAAACCGAUGGCGAACAUAUAAAGUCCAGAAUUAUCUACCCGGCAACUUCGCCAUCGGCACAUAAAGUCGGUAAAAAUGUUUCCUGGGUAAGUGAAUUCAAUCUGUGUCAUUAAAUCAUUUUUUAUUUCAGAAUUUCUAAAAAAUGAGAAGUGGAGCAGAAAUUGUACGAACUUCAAUGAGGCAGAAAACCAAAGAAAUGUGUUAUUAUGAAAAUGGUAUAGAAAUUGAGAAACAUGAUUUUCUGCAGUCUGCGUUUAGGAGAAGAAAGAGUAAACAUAAACACGGAAGAAAUCCCUUUCAUAAAUGUGUGUACACUGCCACUACAGCAAGUAAUCUCAGAAGACAUAGUAUGAGUAAGCAUGAAGGAAUAAAAUAUCCCUGUGGUAAUUGUGGUUACGCUGCAACUACAAAAAGUGAUCUCAGAAGACAUACUAAUAGUAAACAUGAUGGAGUUAGAUAUCCUUGUGAAGAAUGUGAAUACACUGCAACUACAACAAGUGAUCUCAGAAGACAUGCUUUUAGUAAACAUGAAGGAAUUAAACAUUCCUGUUAUAAAUGUGUAUAUACUGCAACUACAGCUAGUGAUCUCAGAAGACAUGCUAAGAUUAAACAUAAAGGAGUAGGAUAUCUUUGUGAUAAAUGUGUGUACGCUGCAACUACAAAAAGUGAUCUCAGUAGGCAUUUUAAGAGCAAGCAUGAGGGAGUAAGAUGUCCAUGUGGCCAGUGUGAGUACGCUGCUCCAACAGCAAGUGAUCUCAGAAUACACAUUAUGAGUAUCCAUGAAGGAAUGGCAUAUCUCUGUGGUAAGUGUGAAUACGCUGCACCUACAGCAUGUGAUCUCAGAAGACACAUAAUGAUGCAGCAUGAAGGAAUAACAUAUCCCUGUGGUAAAUGUGGUUACGCUGCAGCUACAGCAAUUGAUCUCGGAAGACAUUUUAAAAGGAAGCAUGAAUUUCCUUGUGAAAAAUGUGAGUACACUGCAACACUACGUAGUAGUCUUAGAAGGCAUAUUAAGAGUAAACAUGAAGGAGUAAGAUAUCUCUGUGAAAAUUGUGAGUACACUGCCACUACAGCUGGUGAUCUCCGAAGACAUACUAAGAGUAAACAUGAAGGAGUUAGAUAUCCUUGUAAUAAAUGUGAGUACACUGCCACUACAUCUGGUGAUCUCCGAAGAUAUACUAAGAGUAAACAUGAAGGAGUUAGAUAUCCUUGUAAUAAAUGUGAGUACACUGCCACUACAUCUGGUGAUCUCCGAAGAUAUACUAAGAGUAAACAUGAAGGAGUUAGAUAUCCUUGUAAUAAAUGUGAGUACACUUCCACUACAGCUGGUGAUCUCCGAAGACAUACUAAGAGUAAACAUGAAGGAAUUAGAUAUUCUUGUAAUAAAUGUGAGUACACUGCCACUACAGCUGGUAAUCUCCCAAGACAUACUAAGAGCACACAUGAAGGAGUUAGAUAUCCUUGUAAUAAAUGUGAGUACACUGCCACUACAGCUGGUAAUCUCCCAAGACAUACUAAGAGUAAACAUGAAGGAGUUAGAUAUCUUUGUAAUAAAUGUGAGUACACUGCCACUACAGCUGGUAAUCUCCGAAGACAUACUAAGAGCACACAUGAAGGAGUUAGAUAUCAUUGUAAUAAAUGUGAGUACACGGCCACUACAGCUGGUAAUCUCCGAAGACAUACUAAGAGCACACAUGAAGGAGUUAGAUAUCCUUGUAAUAAAUGUGAAUACGCUGCAACUUCAGCAAGUGAUCUCAAAAGACAUACCAAGAGUAAGCAUGAAGCCGAGAGUAUUCAUAAAGAAAUGACUUAUCCUUUAGACAAGUGUGAAUACAGCAUAUAUUCUUAAAUAACAUAUGAAGAGUGAACAUGAAGUAGGGAUUCAUAUAUGAGAGUAUAAUGAAGGCAUGAGUUAUUUUUUCAAUAAAUGUGAGCACGCUGCAGCUACAGCAAGCGAUCUUAAAUCACAUAUCAAGAGUACAGAAAAGAGUUAUCUUAGAAUUUAGUUUUAAUCAAUCUAUGAAGAAAUCUUGGAUACAUGAUUGUUGGAAUACCUAAGUCCUAAGUGUACAGAAGAAAUUCUGUGCCUCUGCAUUUUUGGAGUGUAUAAUAUAAACAAUAUGAUAUUUUGACAAAAGAAAUAAAAAUUUGAGAUACAUUUUCAAGUUUGGACAUUUCAUGGAAAGACAUUUCAUAGGUAAGAAAAGAAUAGAUAGGACAUUUCAUGCACAAUAUACUUCAUAAAAAGAAUAACAACAGUUGUCCGUUACCACAAAGAAUGUUGGAACAUAUCUUGGAUAUGCAUUUCAUAGACAUAGUCAAACUUACACUAUAUUAAACACCAAGAGAGAUAAUUAUGGGAAAGGAAAAGGUUUAUCGGAAAUAUUAAAAUUCUGCUUUUCUACUGAAAUGUCCUAUCUAUAAAAUGUCAUAUUAAUAAAAUUUCCCUUGUCACCAUCUAAGAAAUGUUCAUCCUAUAGAAAAAAAAAACACCUUCUUGGUAUGUGCAGGAAGCAAUGCCGAGAUAAGUAAAGAGUUAAUUAUCAUAAAUUUGUUUUAAUUAAAGUUAUAAAGACGUCCGACUCCUCACAUUUGAUCUCAUUAACUGAACUUGCAAUUUUAUUUUGUAUUCUUUCGUGCUGUUUUUUGGAAACCUUUCACGAGAUUACUAGUUGCUGCUCUUAAACAUUAAGAUGUAUUUAUUUUGUCGCAACUUUGUAAUAAUUUAUUCGGACAUAAAGAUUAUUUUAUUUAUUUAGAAUGAAACAAAAAACUUUUUUUUUUUGUUACAUUUCAACAUUUUUAGCUGAUGGAAUCGGAAAUAUCAUGGAAAAGAAUACAUAAAAAUCACAAUAACUUAAUAUUUUUUAAACUUCCUUGUUUGUAUUUUAAAUAAAUUUUAGUUGGUUG